AUGGAAGAUUAUGAUACUGCAGAUGAUCGGGACUUUGCUCAAGAUCCAGUGAGUACCCAGGGAUCAGAUGAUGACUACCACUCUGGGUCCAUCAGUUCUGGGAGGCAGAUAUCAGCAGCCACCUUGGACACUGUCAAGGAGGUGUUGUUGUGGUCCCUCAGCAGUCCACUGGUUUCAGUGGUUUUACUGGACCAGAGGAGACGGACACAACCAGAAGUCCAUUCAGACAACCUGCUAAAGAAGUGGUCAAUGACAGCCUGUCCUUGUGUGUCAAUGAGAGUCAGCAGAGUGCAGGAAGGAAUGCUGGUGGUUGGAGGUCCAUACACGAGACGUGACAUCUUCAAACCGGUGCCUCAUGAUGAGCCACCUCCAGAGCCACUGGAGAACCUGCCCCAACCAUCCCCAGAGGAGACCGACUCCUCCCAGCCACUCCCACCAGACCCCACUCCACCCCAGUCCCAGCAUCCAGAGGUCUCACCUCUUCAACUGCAGGAGAACUACCCACCCUCUCCUCCACCUCCUCCUCCUCCACUCCUGUCCAGCGAGAUUGAGGAGAAAGUGAGCACACCUCUCAAGAAACGCCAAUAUCUCGAUCCCCCAGGUCCACCACUGUCAGCAGUAGGUGAUUUGAAAGUUGAUGCUAAAAAAGCCAGCUCAGUGACCAUCUCGUGGAGUGCUCCAUUCUCUCUGGAUGUGACUGGUGUUGAUCCUGAUAUCUGGUACUCUGUCCUCAUCUACAAUGUGACAGAUGAGAACAACCCAACAGCCAUCCCCUCUGCCAAUGUUACUAACACAAGUUAUACCUUCACUCCUGGCUCUGCCACUCCCUCUACAUAUGAUGUCCAGAGUGCUGCCGCUAACACUACCAAGGGUACCAAUAAUAAGAUAAAUUUGACUGGAGAGUUCAUUAAAGACACAACGGCUCAGGGGUGUUUCGUAGUUUUACAAUGUGAAUAUGGAAAUCCUGAUGUGUUCAGAGUCGUACUACUGCCUGAUGACUCCAGCACUUCUGUGGAGAGUACUAUUCAUGACAUUUUAUCUUCAACGUACAAUAUGUUAGUGUAUGACCUUGAGGAAGAUGAACUGCGUAGCAGACAUCCUGCUGUUGAACAGAGCACUAAUGUCACUGUUAUGGGGAACGGUCCCAUUGCUGAUGCAGAAUCUCAAUUUCUAAACAAUGGCAGUUUGGACGUGAAUGGGGUGACAGUGAAUGUUAGGUGUGAGUUCAAAGAAGGUAUAGAGGGAGCCUCAUGUGUCCUGGUCUAUCGAGAGUAUGGUAACAAGACACUAGUGGUGGAGGAAUAUCCUCAGAACACUGUCUUCCCUUCGCACAAAGGUGGUUACAGCUCCUCUGAUAUAGUUCCCUUUUGUUCUCCUUCCCCGAGUGAAUGCAGUAAUGCUAGUGUAGCCAGCGGUGCUCAACUGAUAUCAGAUGAUGGUGGCACCAAACCUAAAAAGGAUGGACAUGCUGAAGGAGAAGCCAAACCUCCAUUAGUGGGAAGACCUCGCACCUAAGACAGGACAGUGGCGUAAGUGUGAGCACUCCUCCAGUGAUGUCCAAACAAAAGGGGAUGUACACCGAUGUGAAACCCUCAACAUCAGGGGUGCAACCCCCUAUUCCAGAGGACACCAGAGUCCAGUACACGGAGAUUGACACCAGAACUACUCAUAAAAUGGCCCGUUCUCCCUAUGCUGACCUGGGACCUCUUCCUACCAACAGGCCAAAACCCCCCAAGAUUGAGACCAAGACACAGGGCCCCUAUGUUGAGUUCUACCUAUUGCCGCUACUCCUGUGACUGGCAAUGGCAACAGAGACAAGAAGAAUGCAGACAAGGCAACACCCAAAAGGACCCCCCACAGUGGAGUCAGUGAUGUCACUGUUGUGGGGGUGUGGCAGGUCGUUGGAAGGAGAUAGCAGAGGGUCUGGAGUUUGAUGAGACGAUGGAUUGAUGGGAGAGAUAGACACCAACAACGACAUGGAUGAGGGUGCUGCUGCGAGGUGUGUGUGUGAGAUGUGGGUUUUUUCAAACUACAGCCAUCCUGGGAGAACUAUCUCGUGCACUGAGAGAUCUUGGGGACGAGGAACUGGCCGUCAGGCCGGGAAAUAGGGAAUA